GUGAUACUAAAGCGGCGACGAGGGCUUUGCCAUGUGGAGAUAAAGCAGCGUGGAGUAUUGCACGGUCUGGGCUUCUCCAAAUUGCUGAAUCUCGAAUCCGCAAAUGCUGUAGAUGAAUCGACUUCGUAUUUCAAUCAAAGGUACUACGCCGAAGGUGCCUGAACAAACCCUACUCCCUCUGAACUCAAGGAUGAUGUCUUGUUGACGGUAAGUCAGCUAAAAUCGCGACUCACCUCUGAGUCUCACCUUGUCUUGUCAUGUAAGUCCAUGAUGACAUUGUGGUGCCAGCAUCACACCAGAGCGCAGCGCAGUCGAGACAAUCCCAACAGACGCGACACACAACAACAAGAUCAGCCAUAUGGCGACUUCAUCGUCAUCUCGCACAGCUACACUACCGUCAACCCUUACGACAACCAUCUCAUCCCACACGGGAGCCAUCAAUGCGAUCACAUUCUCCUCGCUCGGCGGGACAUACAUCCUGACAGGAUCGUCUGACCGACAAAUCCACCUAUCACGCAGCGAACCGGCGAAGCGGAACAGCAAUGGCAAUAACAACAAUCAUACCGGGUCAUCGUCGGAAACGGCGACAACGACGACGCCAAUCCAGAAAUACGCUGCGCAUGGUUACGCGGUAUUGGAUAUCGCGGUCGCAAGAGACAACCAGACGUUUGCGAGCGUAGGGGGCGAUCGCAGCGUGUUUCUAUGGGACGUUCAGAACAACGCAGGAACGGUCCGGCGGUUUGGAAGCAACACGAGCGGCGGGCACACAGGACGAAUCACGUGUGUGGCCUUUGGAGGAGAAAGCGAUAGUGUAUUGGUCAGCGGCAGCGACGACAGGUCGAUGCGGCUGUGGGAUGUCAAGAGUCGAGAUCCCAAACCUCUGAUGGUUCUGGACGACGCGAAAGAUGGGAUUUCGUGUUUGGCCAUCCCGGAGAAUAAUCCGGUCGAGAUCCUGGCUGGAAGUAUCGAUGGUCGACUACGUGCCUACGACAUCCGUAUGGGGGCCUGUACCGUCGAUGUCCAGCCUGGUCCUGUUACAAGUCUCGACCUCAGUGCAGACGCAAACUCCGUUUUGGUCGGGUGUCUUGAUGGUAUGAUCCGGCUCAUGGAUCGUGCUGAUGGAUCUUGUCUGCGGACGUUUCCGCCACCACCGGGAGAACAUGACCAUGACCUUGACCAUGUUGAUGUCAAUGGAUAUAAAAACGAUUCCUUACGAUUACGGAGCUGUUUCGCCGUUGACGAGAGACUAGUAUUGAGUGGCAGUGAAGCCAAUGGCAAGGUAUACGCUUGGGACGUCUUGUCAGGCAGAUCGGUUGGCACUGUCAAUGUCAACACCAAGACCGGAAAGGUCGUCAGUGUCGUCAAGUGGCGAUCGGCCAGCCAGGCUCAGGCCAGGCGCGGGUUAUUGGCUGCCGGCGGUGCAGAGGGGAUCGUUAGGAUAUACUCUGACGGGUGAAGCUAGGAAGGUCAAAAAGACAACAUAUGAGAAUAAGUGAGAAAUGGAGAGAAAUAAGAUCCAAAGAAACGAUAAACUCGCUA